AUGAGAUUCGCAGCUAUCUCCUCAGCCGUGUGCGUUGGAUUGCUCCCCGGAGCAUCCGCCACCAUCUACUACGCCGGCGUCGCCCAAUCGAGUGGCGAAUUUGGCGCAUGGAGCCCGACUCAGACGCGAGGAACCGGCCUGCCCGGUCGGUUCGGCGUCGACUACUCGUUCAUUAGCACCUCUGGAGUUGAUAUCAUGACGGACCAAAACAAAGUCAAUCUACAUCGCGUUGCCUUCCUCCUGGAGCGCAUGUGCCCUCUUGAGUACGGUCUGGGUGCCAAGUUCAACGAGACGCACUUUGACUACUUCAAGCAGGCCGUCGACUACAUUACCAAGACAAAGGGAGCCUACGCAAUCCUCGACCCGCACAACUACAUGCGGUACAACGAUCCGUCCUCGCAGCCCUUCAGCGGCAGCGUGAUCGGGAACACGUCGGAUUCAACGGCGGCCACCACGGCGCAAUUCGGCGCCUUCUGGGGCGAACUCGCGAAGCGAUUCGCCGACAACGGCAAGGUCAUGUUUGGGCUGAUGAAUGAACCGCACGACAUGCCCAGCUCGCUGCUCGUCUCCAAUCUGCAAGCCGCCAUCGACGCCAUCCGCGCCUCGGGAGCGACCAAUCUCAUCAUCGCGCCCGGCAACGCAUGGACGGGCGGGCACUACUGGACCAAGGGCGGCUCCGAGGCCAACAGCAACUGGAUCCAUAAGCUCACCGACCCGGCGGGCAACCUGGCCAUCGACAUCCACGAGUACCUCGACCAGGACUUUAGCGGCGGCCACACCGAGUGCACGCAGGACCCGGCGACCAACCUGGCGGGCGUGACGGCCUGGCUGAGGGAGCACAAGCUCAAGGCGUUCAUCACCGAGUUUGGUGGCUCCAACACGACGGCAUGCACAACCAUGCUGAACGGGAUUCUCGACUACAUGGCUGCCAACGACGAGUACAUCGGCUGGACGGCGUGGGCGGCCGGGCCGUUCUGGGGCACAAACAGUCCCUGCUGUACCGACCAGAGGCAGCUCGGCAGCUUGGAACCCGGAAGCAAGGCGGCUGGUGGCGGGCCGAGCCUGUACGACACGGUUUGGCUGCCCGUGCUGCAGAAAAAGGUGCCGGAACUGCUACAGUGGGAGGGUCCGGCAAGUGUGAAUGGGGGCGAGUUGAGGACGAAGCCGUAG